UGACCAAAGCGGAUACAGCGCAGUCAGCUUUUGCUCAUGCUCUGACACUACACACAGACAGUAUAAAAACAUUUAAUUAGACUUCAGAGCGUGAGACGUACCUCUUGGGUUAAGGUACUGACUAAAUAAAAUAAGAGAAUAGCUUCUUUAAACAAUGUCUAAAUACGAAGAAGUCAGUGUACACGGUUAUGAGGAGUUUUGUCAGGCAGUGACUGACAGAAAAGGGAAGGAUAUUUUUGUAUAUUUCUCUGGUGAUAAAGAUGCAAGUGGGAAAAGCUGGUGUCCAGACUGUGUAAAAGCUGAACCUGUUGUCAGGGGGGAAAUGAGCCAUCUUCCUGAGGAUUCGGUUUUCAUCUACUGUCAAGUUGGAGAAAGAGCUUACUGGAAGGAUCCAAACAAUGACUUCAAGAAGACAUUAAAGUUGACUGGGGUUCCCACUCUUCUGCGAUAUGGCACACCCCAGAAACUUGUGGAGGAGGAAUGCUUCAAAUCAGAGCUAGUGCGGAUGAUGUUCACUGAAGACUAAAAGUGCUUUAUAUAUCCAAAACCUGUAUUUUUCUUCCCUUGUGAAACUAGAAUAAAGACUAGUUCAAUUACA